AUGGUGAAACUGGGGAAUAAUUUCAGCGAGAAAAACAACGGGAAGGUGGUUUCUGAAGACGGGUUUGACACCAUCCCUCUCAUCACCCCGCUAGAUGCCAGCCAGCUGCAGUUUCCUGCACCAGAUAAGGUGGUGGUGAAGACAAAGGCAGACUAUGAGAGCGACAGCAAGAAAGGGAAGCUACGGUCUCCCAAAAUCGCAGAGUUCUCUAUCAGCAUCAUCGAAGGCGUCUCCGAGCGACUCAAAGUGACCUUGCUGGUGAUCUGUGCCCUGGCCUUCCUCGUGUGUGUGGUGUUCCUGGUCGUCUACAAGGUCUACCAGUACGAGCAGCCGUGCCCCGACAGCUUUGUCUACACGCAAGGUCGCUGCAUGCCGGCUGGGAUGUACGGCAACUUCCCUCCCCAGGGCCCUGGGGGCCGUGGACGCCUCUUUACCCUCAUCAACCACUACAACAUAGCCAAGCAGACCAUCACUCGGUCAGUAUCGCCGUGGAUGACCAUCAUGUCUGAGGAGAAGGUCACCCAGCAGGAGACGGAGACUGCUCAGAAGCUGGCUUAA